UGUACNCGGGCGAGCGCGAGCACUGCAGAGAACUGCAUUGCGGGGCGCAGAACUCAGCCUCUACAAAACCAUCCUGGAACGUUGAUCGUCACAGCGCGCAGGUGCCUCGGUGCAGAUGGCGCAGCAUUCUGCCACGCUUUCCAAACCUCCAGCACCUGAGGUCGGGGGCGCCCUCAUUGACUCGCUCUCGCAACGGCGGCCUGGGCGCUGCCAGAGGUGUUAGGUUUUUGUGUGCGGUGCGCUCAAAGCCUCCCAGGCUCCGUCCAGUGCCGGGGAGCCGCCGGACCACACGUUCCACCGACAAGUGCCCGCUAUGUGUUUUUCCAUCAGUCGUCGCAAAGCCGCACUGCGUGCAUACAACCGCCCGCCCCGCAGGCAUCGCCGCAAGUGCGCCUACGUGUGGCCAAAACCUUCUGCCCGAGCAGCCUCUUGGCAAGGCAGCGGCUGCACCUCUCCCAGCCGAUGCUGCACCGCCUGGAACUAAACGCGGGCACGCCGUUGCUCGCUGA